AUGUCCUUCACGUCAACACUACGACAGCUGCCCUCGCGGCAAAUAGGCCUAUGGACAUGUUCAACAUGCUCCCGUUCGCUCGCCAGGAUACCACGUGCCCGCAAUCCCGCCUUCGCCGUGCAAAAAUGCUUAAACACCACUAGAGCUGCGCAACAUGGUACCGUACCGCGAAUGGAUCAAAUGCACGCGCAAUACAAGAUGAAGAACCGAACCGUCAUGAACUAUGUAUUUAGUGUAAUAGUCGGAUUCGUAGCUAUAACAUACGGCUCAGUACCCAUGUACAAAAUGAUCUGCCAACAAACCGGCUGGGGCGGCCAACCCAUCAAGUCCGCCGCGCACGGCGGCGAUUCCAGCGUCGACCCCGCCGAGCGCCUCAAACCAGUAACCAACCACCCCCGCAUCCGCAUAACCUUCAACGGCUCCGUCUCCGAUGUGCUCCCUUGGAAAUUCGUGCCCCAGCAACGCGAAGUCCGCGUUCUCCCCGGCGAAACGGCACUAGCGUUUUACACAGCUACCAACAAAUCGCCCGAGGACAUCAUCGGCGUGGCGACGUACUCUGUUACGCCCGGCCAGGUGGCUCCGUAUUUUAGCAAGAUCCAAUGUUUUUGCUUUGAAGAGCAGCGAUUGAACGCGGGGGAGACGGUAGAUAUGCCUGUUUUCUUUUACAUCGACCCGGAGUUUGUCACCGAUCCGAACAUGAAGGGGAUUGAGACUGUGACACUGAGUUAUACGUUUUUCAAGGCAAAGUAUGACAAGGAUGGGCAUUUGAGACCUGUGCCUAUGGCUUGA